AUGAAAAAGGCUGCAAAUAUUGUUCCCCUCAAUAGAUCAAAAUUAGAACAGAGUUAUGGCUGUGUAUCAUUUUGCUUUAUUACCAUCGGCUUACUACUUACUAUAUUUGCUGUUUUCCAAAAGGAUUCACAAAUCGGCAAGGUUUGGCUAGCCGGCCCAACAACAAUAGUUGUCGGUUUGGUGUUAUGUGGCAAGGUAAUCAUCGACUGGAAGCCAGCAAUGAUGCAUUCACAGCCUUACAGUGAUUAUUCAAUUAAUAGGGUAAAAGAUGAGAUUGAUGUGGUAAAUCGUGAAAGUUUACUAACUCAUCCUCUGUGCAUAAUGAAUACCAAUUGCAUCGAUACGACAAGAAAUCUGAGUAAUCAAAAUUGCUACCAUCAUCACAGUCCCAUGCCUGAUACAGUAAAUAAGAAUGAUAUGCUCGAAUCUUCAACGGAUGAACAAAAUAGUUACUCAGCCUCCCCUUCUGUUCUUCCAACUGUUACAUUUGAGAAUGACGGAAAAUUCUCAUGCAUGCUAAAUCCAUUAUUAUCAUCUUGCGAACGAAAUAAAGUGCAACUCAAUCCUAUGGAAGAAUCACUGUAUGGAGCAAUACGAACAAGGGAAGCCACUGACGAUUAUAGCAGCGGAAUAGUUAGUGGACGCUUCUACCAGGGGGAAACAUUUGUACUUAACAAUCGAAACCAUUUAAUUUAA